GCUGUUGGGUCCUUCUCGGCGCACGAGGACACCCGCAUGCCUCCGUAGCCCUCGGUCCGCCGCACGUUUCGCCAUUCCCUCUGCCCCUUACACCAGUUACCGGCGAUGGACACCGAUAAUACCACCCUCCCGGGGGCUGCCGCUGCCACGGACGGACCGGAGGACGCGGCGUCCUUCACGACGGUUAAAUCUAAAAAGAGCCAGAAGCGGAAGCGCGAGGCGGACGGAGCGGGCAUGGAGACCGAGGGGCCCGGGGCCAGCAAGCGGCCGCAGUUCCCCGCGAUAUCCAGCGACAAAUUAAGGGGGCCCGAUGAGAUGCGUAAAGUCUCCGUCCCGGCUCACAGGUACACGCCGCUGAAGGAGAACUGGCUGAAGAUCUUCACCCCCAUCGUGGAGAACCUACAGCUCCAAGUUCGGUUCAACCUGAAGACGAGGAACGUGGAGAUAAAAACGUGCAAAGAAACGCAGGACAUCGGAUCGCUCACGAAAGCGACGGACUUUGUCAAAGCGUUUGUACUCGGCUUCCAGGUGGAAGACGCCCUCGCCCUCAUCAGACUAGACGACCUUUUCCUGGAGAGCUUUGACGUCACAGACGUGAAACCCCUGAAGGGAGACCACCUGUCCAGAGCCAUCGGCAGGAUAGCAGGGAAAGGAGGAAAGACCAAGUUCACCAUAGAAAACGUCACAAAGACUCGCAUCGUGCUCGCGGAGACAAAGGUUCACAUUCUCGGAUCCUUCCAGAACAUCAAGAUGGCCCGGACGGCCAUUUGCAACCUGAUAUUAGGAAGUCCACCUUCAAAGGUCUACGGUAACAUCAGGGUGGUGGCCAGCCGGACCGCCGAGAGGUUCUGAGGGCCGAUUGGCCCACGUGUCCAAUGCCCCCCCCCCCAUCAGCUGACUGACACCUCGGCUUCCUGCUACGCGGAUGGAUUCAGUGACCUCAAAGCUUACGUUUGUGUAAAUAAAUUAUUUCAGUCAACAGGUGA